AUGACGAACGGAUUCUUAACGAUCUCCCAACCAGCAUGUUACAUACAGAUACACGGUUUUUGCGACGCCAGUAAUAACGGUUAUGGCGCGAGUCUGUACGUACGUUCGAUCGGAAUCAAUGGAAAAGUAAUUUGCAGAUUGUUAUGUGCCAAAUCGCGAGUCGCUCCAUUAAAAUCAACAACGAUACCACGUUUGGAACUUUGCGGCGCGCUACUAUUGGCGCGACUACUUAGGGAAGUCAAUAACGCGCUAAACAUUGCAACUAAUAAAAUCACUCUCUGGUGUGACUCGACGAUCGCGCUACAUUGGUUAAAGACUCCUCCCCACUUGCUUAAAACAUUCGUUGCUCAUCGAAUCGCUGAAACACGAACACUUACCAAAUCAAUAGAGUGGCGACAUAUUAAAUCAGAAUUCAACCCCGCCGACGCUAUUUCUAGAGGGCAAUUACCUCAAAUUUUACUUCAAAAUAAAACAUGGUGCACCGGCCCUCAGCGGUUAAGUAGAUCUGAGAAUGAAUGGCCUCGCGCAAUAAUGCAAACUAUAGAGACUCCCGAAUUGAAAGGAAACACUUGUCUAAUGAUAACACCCCGCGAUCCCGACAUAUUUAAAAGAUACUCAUCGUAUUCCAAAUUAUGCAGGAUCAUCGCGUAUUGUUUCCGGUUUCAUCCUCUUAACAAAUAUAAGGGCAAUUUAACAGUCGAAGAAAUCGAAGCAGCGGAAGUGAAAAUACUAAGAAUAAUCCAACCAUCUCAAUUUUCCGAGGAAAUUAAGGGACUUGAAUCAAAGGGUGUCACUAACAGAAAUAGAAUAGCCAACUUGAACCCAUUUCUGGAUAACGAUGGCCUGAUUCGGAUAGGAGGACGUCUGCGAAAGGCGAAUCUAUCUUACUCACAAAGAUACCCCAUUUUGCUUCCAAGCCGACAUUACCUAACCGAUUGUAUUAUCCGCGAAAUUCACGAGACGCGACAUCAUACAGGUAUAUUAGGUACCUUAUACAAUAUCCGACAGAAAUUUUGGAUUUUAGACGGCCGAAACCAGGUACGAAAAAUCGUUCACUCUUGUGUGCGUUGCUAUCGAUUCAAUAACGACACCAUAAAAUACAAAAUGGGAAAUCUUCCGCAAGUUCGAGUGCGUGAAGCCAUUCCCUUCGCCAAUACCGGCGUCGAUUUUUGCGGACCGUUUUACAUUAAAGAGAAAAAACACCGCAAUCGCAUUCGAAUAAAGGUGUACGUUUGUAUAUUUGUGUGCAUGACAAUAAAGGCGGUACACUUUGAAGUAGUGAGCGAUUUAACCUCGGACGGCUUCUUAGCAGCUCUGCGACGGUUCAUCUCGAGACGGGGCAUACCAGCCCAAGUUUAUUCCGAUAAUGGAACCGUAGGCGCGAACAACCAAUUGAGGGAAAUGUACGCUUCGUUUAACUCCGAUAAACAUAAGAAUACAAUUGAUCGGUUUGCAUGCGAAAACCAAAUUAAAUGGCACUUCAUCCCGCCAGCAGCACCACACUUUGGUGGGCUAUGGGAAUCCACCGUGAAGCUCUUCAAGCAUCACUUCAAACGGGUAGUCGGAGAUGCACUCUUCACAUUCGAAGAGUUAAAUACAUUAGUUGUAGAAAUCGAGGGUAUCCUUAACUCCAGACCCAUCACCUCCCUCUCUCCAGACCCGAACGACUUGCUAGCGUUAACGCCAGGGCAUUAUCUCAUCGGCAAACCGAUAACCUCGCUUCCGGAGAAGAAGUUGUCUUCUGUUCCAGCAAACCGACUAACUGUUUGGCAACACAUAGUUAAGAAAAAAAACACGCCAUGCGCACAAUGGGCACUAGGCAGAAUCCUUACGGUACACCCAGGCGAAGACGGAGUAGUGCGAGCUGCCACCGUCAAGACAACAUCCGGAGAGACGAAGCGAGCGACCAAACAAAUGUGUCCACUACCAAUAACCUAG